AUGAUAUGUUCACAUUAUGUAUAUAUACUAGAACUGAAGAUAGAAGUGGCAUUACAGAUAACUUUGAUUGCUUCAAGAAAUGGGUUUCUUGAUGCAAGUGCAGCCACUUUUGAUGUAACAUCAUAUGGUGCAAUAGGAGAUGGAAAUACAUAUGACACUGAGGCUUUUGUUAAGGCAUGGGGGGAUUUGUGUGGAGAUGACUCAGAAGAUCCAACACUGGUCGUACCAUCUGACAAGACAUUUCUAAUACAAUGUGUGUCAUUCGUCGGUCCCUGUAAAGCUUCUAGCGUUCACUUUCAGCUUUUGGGCGACAUUACUGCACCAAAGAGUCGAGAUGGAUGGAAAGGUUGCGAUACCAAUUAUCUUAUGUUUUUCCAAUCUGUUCAGGGACUCAUCAUGGAUGGACCUGGCCAAAUAGAUGGCCAGGGCUCCAUCUGGUGGCCACGUAGCAUUGUUAAGCCCAUGGGUGUAAAAUGCGAUGAUUGCCCAAUGUUGUUACGUUUUGAAAAAUGUAACGGGCUACAACUGGAAGGUUCAAGAUAUACAAAUAGUCCACAGAGCCAUGUCAGGAUCGAGGGUUGUGAAGGUGUAGAUGUCGGAAAUCUUCAUAUUUCAGCACCUGAACACACCCCAAAUACUGAUGGAAUCGAUAUCAGUUGGUCGUCACAUAUUAACAUCCAUGACUCUGUCAUUGAAAGCGGCGACGAUUGUUUGGCUAUUAAUAGUGGCAUAUUCGACAUCAAUGUAACCGGUAUCACAUGUGGACCUGGUCAUGGUAUAAGCAUUGGAAGCCUUGGGAAGAAUGGAGUUGAAUCUACUGUGGAACAAGUACAAGUUCGAAACUGUAACCUCACUGGAACGUCAAACGGAGUUCGAAUCAAAACUGUACCGAAUGGAAAGGGGUACGCUAGAUCAAUUUUAUUUGAGGACAUUAAUUUCGUUAAUGUUAAAAAUCCAAUUAUUAUUGAUCAGCAUUACUCCGAUGCAGUAAGUCUUCCAAACACAGCAGUAAAAGUGAGCGAUGUAACGUAUAGAAAUAUACAUGGGUCUUCAGCAUCAAAGAUAGCAAUUAACUUCGAUUGUGAUGAGGAGGUUAAAUGUACUGGAAUCGUAACGAAUGAAGUUGGAAUCACCGGAGAUGAUGUAUAUGCUGAAUGCAAAAAUGUUGAUGGAGAGUUUACUGAUACUACCCCUCAGAUAACCUGCAAUUAG